GGCGGUCCGGGAGAGGGGCGGCGGGGUGCUGCAGCGAGUGCCGCUCGGCGGGCAGCAGCAUGCCUGCUCGACUGGCCGCUCCGAGGCUGGCAGCGGGCUGGCGGGCGUAGCGGCUUUCCCGCCGGCAAAGGCACCUUCUCUGCCCGCCUUGCCGUUGCUUCGCAGGCGCCGAGUGCGAGCGGCAGCCGGGCUGCCCCCGGCACCCCGGGGUGAUUCCCCUCCUCGCGGGGCGGCCGCCGCCUCUCCGGGCCGGCACCAUGCAGACCUUCCUGAAGGGGAAGCGGGUGGGCUACUGGCUGAGCGAGAAAAAGAUCAGGAAGCUGAAUUUCCAGGCCUUCGCAGAGCUGUGCCGGAAAAGAGGAGUAGAAGUAGUACAGUUAACAAGAUACCACCGUAUGCAAAAGGAACAUGCAUACUCCAUAUGCAUGCUAGUUACGUGGGGGGAAAGGAGCUUGACCUCACCAAACCCAUUGAAGAUCAGGGCCCUUUGGAUGUGAUCAUACAUAAACUGACAGAUGUCAUCCUUGAAGCGGACCAGAAUGACAGCCAGUCACUGGAGUUGGUUCACAGGUUCCAGGAGUAUAUUGAUGCUCAUCCAGAAACCAUUAUCCUGGACCCUCUUCCUGCUAUUCGUACGCUUCUGGACCGAUCCAAGUCUUAUGAGCUAAUUCGGCAAAUAGAGGCAUACAUGCAAGAUGAGAGGAUCUGUUCACCACCCUUUAUGGAGCUGACAAGUGCCUGUGGAGAAGAUACCUUGCAGCUCAUAGAGAAGAAUGGACUGGCAUUCCCAUUCAUUUGUAAAACUAGAGUGGCCCAUGGAACCAAUUCUCAUGAGAUGGCGAUCAUCUUCAACCAGGAGGGCCUGAAAGCUGUCCGCCCCCCUUGCGUCAUUCAGAGCUUCAUCAAUCACAAUGCUGUGCUUUAUAAAGUCUUCGUGGUCGGGGAAUCCUACACGGUGGUGAAAAGACCAUCUUUGAAGAACUUCUCUGCAGGAAUCUCAGACAGAGAAUCAAUAUUUUUCAACAGCCACAAUGUUUCAAAGCCAGAAUCCUCAUCUGUCUUAACAGCACUGGAUAAAAUCGAAGGAGUAUUUGAGCGGCCAAACGACGACGUCAUCCGGGAAAUCUCUAAGGCGCUGCGGCAAGCUCUGGGAGUUUCUCUCUUUGGGAUUGAUAUCAUCAUUAACAAUCAGACUGGGCAGCAUGCGGUCAUUGAUAUAAAUGCAUUCCCAGGUUAUGAAGGUGUUUCCGAAUUUUUCACAGAUCUCCUGAACCACAUCGCUGCUGUCCUGCAGGGUCAGGCACCUGAGGUGACCCAGCUAAACCGCAGCAAGCUCCUGGCAGAGCAGACCAGCGGGAUCAUGGACGAGCGGAUAUGCUGCGCUAGCACAGGCUGUCUUAGCGUCAUGGGAAAAGACUCCUCCUGGAUUGUGGAAAGCGAGACCAACAGCUCAGUAAAACUGCAACACCAGAGACUAGGCUGCAACUCGGCAGUGUCCCCCAGCUUCCAGCAGCACUGCGUUGCUACAUUGGCAACAAAAGCUUCUUCUCAAUAACUUGCCAAUGCCAUGGACUGAGAAAAAGCCACAGGGAUACAAAUUGUGGUCCCAGAACCAGAUCAGGCUGUAACAAUACAAUUGUGAAAAAUGAAAAAAAAAAAAAAAGCCAACACAACACAAAAAAGCAAAAUAAAAAAACCUUCCAUUUGAUUUAACCUGAUUUGCUGAUGAAAUGGACUGAAAGGUGGAGGGUGAGAAAGUAAUUCAGAUCCAUUUCGUCAGAUUCCAGUUGCAAAUCUGUAGUGAGUUUACAUAUGCGUGGGUUUUAACACUAGUCCUUUCAUUGUGGGAGGGUUGCUCUUUCAUUUCUGUUGUUCUUUGUAAUCACUGGUGACCAGCAUUUUAAAAUCGGACCUCAUGGUAUCAAGAAGAUAAUAAUGUUGAAAUGCAGUGUCUGAAUGUAACAGUGCUAGAGAUUUUUGCCUAAAAUAUUCCCUGUUCCCUUUUUCCAGGUAGGCCAUUGCAAAAGAAAGCUAAGACAACUUCAGUAUCACUAAACCAAAUCUCUUGAAACAUUGACCAGUCAAGGUGUUGACAGGUAGCUUGCUGUGAAGCUGUGGCACUUUGAGUGGCACAGAGCAGACUGGUUCUUCAGGGGGCAGAACCAAAGUGACCACCCCAGUUCCAGCUUUGCAGUUCUUCCCCCAGGCCUCAUUGCUUCAGUCAAAAGCAGCUUCUAACCACACUUGCCAACAGCGACAAGUUUGAUCCAGACAGGGUGCCGAUAGUUAGGUUGAGUGAUUCAGUAGAUUAAAUAUGAUCCUUUCAAUUGUCUGUUGGUGGUGAAAUCCUAGAAGAGUUAAUGGAAGGAGCUCAUCUCUUAGCAGAGAAUUUAAUUCUCCCUCCAUUGCACUUGUGAGGACUCUGGGACAGCUCUGCAAAAAGGCUGGCAAACAGACCCGCACAUUUUCCUUGGAGCAGUGCACCUGAUCUGCGGAUCCUAAGGGAUAACACAGUUGCUGCCUUCCACAGAUCCAUGCUGCUGUGCAUUUUGUUUUUCUUUUGCGAAUUAAAUAUAAGCAGAAUUGUGUACCUUUGUAUGAAGUUGAAGUACUUGACAGCUCUAGCUUAGAGACCACGUUAUUUUGUUGCAAGCUGCCAGAUGAGGCCGUGUGGUAAUUUGCAGUAGUGCUUUAUACUAUUUGUAGACUAUAGCACAGUGAAAUUGUAUCUGUUGAGAUACGCAGUGAACAGUGUUCACCCUCUAUUGCAUCUUCUAGCAUGGCAACAUCCGCUGCUGCUGAGAAUUCCUGAAACUUUUGCCAAUUCUGAACACUAAACUGGAAAUAGCCAAGUCUGUCAGCACUGAGAACAGAGACACUAUUUUGGUAGACAGAGAGGCCUUCCCUUCCCCAUAUAAGCCCUAAAAUACAUUUAAGAGGGGUGGUGUUAAGAAAAUUUCCUUAGUUAAGCUCCUAGCUCGCAGAUAUGGGAAUUUCUGUCUUUCUAUAGCAGCUAUUUGUAAAACAUCCAUCACUGCAGCAUUUAAUACCAGUUUGUUUAGUAUCAUGUGUUAGAUAUCUACUCAAAAGGAAAGGAUCUAGAGCUUAAAGCCCAGGUAGACCAUGGAGAAAGGAGUAAACUGUCUAAAAGAUGUCACCACCCUACCUGAUGGUACCAGUCCUGAAGGGGAAAAAGUUUUGAAGAGUGUUGUGUAGCAGUUCUUUUGUGUAAACAACAGGGUUUCCUUAGGAGAGAUUGGGUUUGUUCCCAAAAUGCCAUUCUUGGGAAUUUCCUGUAGCCAGGAUCAGAUUUUCGAGGAUGAUUUACGCAAGAGAUUAUUCCACCUCUAGAGGGGUUACUAAUGUGAAGAUAUUUCUCUAGGGACUGGAAGGACCUUGUGAGUGUGGUAUCUGUCAAAUCCCAGGGUGCACAUAAAUGCGGCCAACUUCCUCGCCUAUUGCAGGUCAGUUCUGAGCUGGGCAUGCUUCACAACCCUCGUACGCUUUGAGGCUGCUGGAUCCCACGUUGUCUGCAGCUCGCAGGUCUCGGGUGGUCAUGGUGUGAGCGAUUCAGAUGUACAUAGGUAAGGGUUUGUAAAAGUAUUCAUGAUAGACCAAACCUUUCAUAAAGCCAUGCCUGAAAUAAAAUUGACAUCUACAGUUUGGGGUUUGUUUUUGUUUGUUUAAAAUAAAAAGUGUUUUUAUGUUACAUGUGUAACAAAAGAUACCCUCAGGAAGGAACUUGCCAGUGCAUAUUUUUGUAUGGUACUUUCUUGUAACCAGCUGGUGGAGUGUUUGUAGAUUUGCCUUUUGCUCCCUUUAUUACAGUGGUUUGGAGUUUUUGGGGGGUUUUGGUUUUCUUUUUUUUUUUUAAUUGGGUGGUGGGGAAGAAGCAAUGAUGUUAAAACUGGGUUUGUGACUCAAGACCUUUCAAACUAAGUAUGUUUACAUGAAUCUGAGUGUUGGAUCCAAUGGAAAUGUCUGUAUGCUGUUUCCUAGUUAGAACAUCAAAUAAGAAUUUUAUUUUCCUGGCUGCCUUCUGAAUUUUGGUUGGCCUAUUUUGCACUGCUUUAUUUCUCCAAAAUAAACUACUGAAAUAUAAUUGUGCAUUUUAAACUUGUUUACAAAUGAUUGUUAGAAGUUUAUUUUGUAAUUCUGUGAAGGCUUGCAGAAAUACUAUAUUUAAAUAUUACUCCAGACCUUGGCAGUAACUAGAAAACAAGUUUAGGUCAUUGGUGUGAUCAGUGACAUUUUUCCCAUAGUCUGUAAUUUAUUUUUUAUUUAUCAAAUGUAUCAGUAUCACUUUAAUUUACCAGGUGCAGAUAUGCAGGUACCUGUUGUGAUGUGGCAUUACAAUAGAGUUUUCACAUAAAUUACCAUGCAAUUGCUGUACUACUAUAUUUCCUUGCAGAAAUUAUCGUUAUGGCUCGUAUACUAGAAUGUUGCUAAAUCACAGGGGCAAAUUGGGAGACCAACUUUUAAAAGCCAAAACUGUAAAUUACCAAGUAUCCAGACAUACAAUUACGUUAUUGCAAAACAUUCGAGCAUGCGUAUGUUAUUAAGCCUGUGCUAAAGUGCUUUUCUGAAUUGCUGCCUCGUUUGAUAAGUUCAGCAUAGUUUUGAUUUAAGAUAAGCUUCACAGUAAGUUAGUUAAUAUUCUGUAGUCUUGUCUUUUUUUGUAAAAGUAGAGGAGUCUAGUAAUACUAGACCAUACCAGAAUGCCCUUGCUUUUAAAAUUGCAGACAAUCUGAGGGAGAUUUUCCAUUAUGUCUGUUUGAAUUCUGUUAUUGUGGGUUAGAAAAGGUUCUGCUGUGUUUUCAGAAGUAUAGCUAUUGCUGUGUUGAUGGGAGCAAUUAUAUUAAAAUUCAUGGUCACCAGUUAGCUUCUUAGGGAUCUAUUUCUGUGCCGCUUCACUGUUAGAAAUCCACAAGGACACCAUUAGCUUGACUGGAAUUUCUCCAGGUUUUGUGUCAGCGUAAUGGAGGAGAUGGGAGUCUGGUUUCCGCUGUAAUUAUGUAAUCAGCUUCAGUAGGUGAAGAUUUUUCCCUGUUGAAGAGAACUUGAGUGGUAUUAUUACUGCCUGCAAUGUAAAGCCAUCACCGUCCUCCUCCCCCUCUAGCUGACUUUGCCACGUUGUGCUUGGGUUUGCAAUGACUGUACCAGAACAUCCCGAUCAUUAGGUGAAAACCAACUGCAGAAAUGCAGCCUGACUAGGAGCGUUGGUGCUGACACGCGUGGUUUGUGUAACGCAGAACUACCACUGGGCCGAUGCUGUUUUUCCUCAGGUUUGCCUCCAUCUUCAACGUGUGAUUGUUUGUGCAGAGGAGGUCCCGCAGCAGGUUGCUCAGAUGGAAAACCACCGGUUUAAUUGGUUUUCAUCAUAGAUGAGUACAAAGUAAGAACCCGACCCUGAGGCUUCAGGAGGUAACGAGGAUUGCUCAAGAUAAAGCCUCAAGUUCUCCAGAUAACUGUGGCUGUAUCCAGCCAGGGAACAACCGGGUGGAUAAGUGGUAACAUAGGCAGAACACAAGCCAAAGGCAACAGAAUAAAUGGGGCCAGAGGUGUUUAAAUUGGCUGGCAAAAAAGAGUGAAACAAAGGAAAAAUGCUUCUGUUGUUUCCAUCCACUAAAAAAAAUUGCAGGCUUAUCAGUUUUUAACUGGUUUCCCAAAGUCUUUGUGUGGCAGCAGUGACAAGUGAGUCAGGCUUUUUCACACUAGCUUGCAGCCUUGCCUUCCGCAGCUGUGCAGAAAAUCUUGGAUUUUGUUUUUUUAGUGAAUAGAGUCUAUUUUGAGUUUGUAGCAGUCUCCCCAUGUGCACACUUGCAGGAGUUCUCUUGCAUUACCCUGCUAAUUUUCUUUUCCUCUCUCCUUUUUAGUAAGAGAUGUAUUGAUUUCUGUAUUCAGUAUACAAUUACUUUAUGGUGUUGCAACUGUGUGUUUUGUAAUUAGGAGUAUGUGAAAAUGCUUUGUGUAGAUUAAAAUAUUUCCUUUAAUAUAAUCUCCUCUCUCUUUCAUAGAUAAACAGACACGCCGCUGCAGAUCACAUUGCUGAUUUUAUUUGUAACAUUGCUUUAAUAUCUAUUCCAGAGGAAUGUAACUUCCAGAAAAGUACUUUCCACAUCUUCACUACCUUUCCUUUCCCUGUUCACUCUGUGUGGAUCCAGGCCAUCAACACUUGGGCUUUUGAGCAGAUGGAUUUCAGAUCCUCCGUGGAUUCUGUGAUGUUUACAUGGCCACAGAAAUUAUUAGAGAUUGUUGAAGUUUGAGAGGAUCCAGGUAUAAAUGGCGAUGUUAGAGCAAUUCCUCAGCAACACAAGCACAAUAGCUUCUGUAGCAAGCAAAGGCUCCGAAUCGUUCUCGCUGUGUGCGUGCAGGUGGCCGUUGGGGUCUGGUCCGCCCCUCCUGCUGGGCCAGUUUUCCUGUGGAAAUAAAAAAUCCACUGUGAGAAAACGUCCUGUAUCUGUGAUGCAGAAGGAGGCUGAGGAGAGGCAGGGCUUGGGAUUAAAAUCCUGGCCAGUGGACAUCAUGAUACCAGUGGUCUAGAAUUUCACUCUGUUUUUUAAUAGCAAUCUGGGGAGAUGUUUUCCCUUUCUCUCCAUUUUUCUUACCCUGAAUCCACUGGGGCUGAUGCUAUGUGGCUCACGGGCCACAAGAGCUCAUUAGCAGGUGACCUUGCCCAGCGUGCCAUGAGUUUACAGAGGGCUCCCAAUGUGUUGGGCAGUUUUUGUUGAUGGCCUGGAACUCUCUUGAAACUCCAGAAGUAGCUGAAACAGCAAAAGGAGUUCAUUAAAAUCAGGUCUUCCUCUUCCAUGCUUUUUAAGGAAAUCCACAUUUUAUUUCCUCCUUCGUUCUUUACACAGUAGUUUUUAGAUAUAAAUUAUUUUAACAUUUUUUGUGUGAAAAGUCAUAUAUACAUAUAUAAAGUUAUUAAAAGGUUGAGUAUAUGUUGAGUAUAAAAUAGUGAUGACUUUGUUUCAGAUGUUAGCAGCCCCUAAAAAUGAGUUGUCUAUCCUCUUGUAAAGUCAGUGCUGUAAAAAAAUAUUAAAAAUAAAAGAUGUAUUAGAUGUAUCUUUUAUUAUUUAUUUCUGAUUCAGUAUUUGGUACAGCUUCUGUAUACCCUUGUGAGAACCACAUACUAAAGUGCAGUCUUCUGUAAAAUGGACUAACAACAAUUCCUUGGGAUCCCAACAAUUUUGAGAAAACUGGCCCUCCGAGUGUGAAUAGUGUUGGAUAUUCUCCUUCACUCUCCAGCAUUGCUCCUCACCUAAGCAUGGCUGAAUCUUGGGGACCAUUUGGUGUGUGUUCUAGGUUUCGCAAGUUCAUUGGUAUCUGUGUUCAAAUCCAGCUGUACAGUGUUAACAAGUGUGUCUUGUGAUUUGCUUCGGCCCGGUUCACUAUGGUUUCUGAAACAUAAUUCCCAUUUUGUACUUAAAUUUGUAUAGAAUUAUAUAAACCCUGAAAAGAUCGUGGCUUACUGUAAAAACCAAAAAUACUUGCUAUUUGGCGUCUUCGAUUGCAUGACUGAUCAGAUCUGACAAUGAAGAUGGUGCUUUCAUCUAAUGGCAUUGAUUUCAAUGGUAAUAUAUUCAUUUUCUUUUCAUUCACCAAGCACCUGUUUUGGACAAUGUUUUGGUUUCAACAGUAAAGCAAUAUGCAGUAGGUAUUGUGGCAUUAUCUCUGUAAUUGUUUUGAAGACAGAAUUGUCCCUUUCCAACACAUAAUGAAAAUAAAUGCCUUAU